GGAAAUAACGCCAUCAACACCGGCCGAAGGGAUGCUGGAGACUCAAUCACUCUCGAUUACUGGUGACGGCACGACGCAUAUUACAACACAUCAGCUUCCAAUAGAGAGUCAAAUACUCACACAGAAAGAAGUGGAUGCAAAACCUUGGAAAUUUAUUGGCUAUCCAGGAUAUUCCUCCUUCCUGGCAUCCGAGACGGACUUACUUAUCUUCCGACGGUUCGGUGCUACGAGUGCACGUAUUGCACUGAAGCUACAAGAUAACGUUGUGGUACUAGAGGAGGAAUUAUCCAAGCUAGAUGGGAACUUUGCUCGAAGGGAGGCGAAGGACGUCCAAAAUGGAUCUUUCCGGAUUGAACAACCGGACCGUGAAAAGGUGAUGAAUCAGUUGCACAACGCUUUGCUAGAGUACAAUGCGUUCAUGCUCCAGCAGGUAGAACUGAGAAAGUUCCCCCCACCAAGCGAGCACGACGUAGAAAACAUAUCAAACUGGCAUUGGAACCAUAGCCAUUGCGCCAUAUCCAAAGAAGAACAGCAAUACUUAACACAUGUGCACGAUUUAUUCAGCUUAGUUCCACGGAUCAAAACUCCAUUAAGGCGUCUGGUGGAUAAGUCGAGAAGCUUCAAGAUGCAUUGGCUUUGGAGGCAGGAAAAAGUACCACAGCUACCGCUCUAUGAUAGGGAGGAAAUUUUCUAUGUUUCAGAUAGAAAGAUUGACCGCUUGAUGACGGUUAUCAUCAUCACGAUUGGCACUGUGAUGCUGAUUGCUCCGAUGUGGAUUUUGUGGAGCUUGAAGGAUGCCAAUGUGAAACUUGGGACUAUUACUGCUUGUAUGCUCUUCUUUUUGGGUUUGGUAUCAUAUACGACAGUUGCUAAACCGUUUGAAACUUUGGCUGCUACUGCAGCAUACGCGGCAGUUUUGAUGGUGUUCCUGCAGCUGGGAACAACAAAUUCACACCCGAUAGCUUCGUAAAGAAGUGGGGGAUGUAGAGCUUGAAUGCCAGACAUAUUGCAGACGUUAAUGAGUGGCAAUCUGGAGGGCUGCGAGAUUCAGGGGAAGAGGUCGUGAUCGCUUGCCAUCGGCUGGUUUAUGGAUAAGUGCCUAGAUUGAAAUGAAGAUAGAAAAGUUGGCAGAAAUCCAAAGGUCAU